GUGGACAUCGUCGAAUCAGUAUUCUCCGUUGUUGCAAAUGGCUUUGGGUCACUUAUGACCAGUAUCAUAGGAACCGAGAAAAGCUCAAAGCCACGGUCCAACAGAGUCAGCUACAAGAACUAUCAAUUAAUCAGAUUGUAUCCGAACACUGAGACCCACGCGAAAGACUUGAAGGAACUUAUGGAUUCCGAGCCUGAAUACAUAAAAUUCUGGACGAUGCCGAUGAAUAACAAGACGACGGACGUGGUGGUCUCGCCGGACCUCGUUUCGGAUGUGAAGACUUUUUUGAGGAGCAAAGGCAUUGACUUCACGGUGCUGAUAUCGGAUAUACAGAAAACGAUAGCCCAUCAGAAUCCAAAGAUGUCCAAAGAGCAGCGCGAAGAUCUGGUGAACACUCACGGUCACAGCAUGACCUGGAAGAGAUAUCAUCGAUACGGAGAUAUCGCUAGAUACAUGGACUACCUAGCCUUCAGAUACCCAAGUCUGGUGGAACUAAUAACCAUUGGACACAGUUACGAGGGACAACCCAUAAAGAUGGUGAAAAUCUCGUCUGGUCUGGCCAAGGAUGGCUAUGACAAACCAGCGAUCUGGAUAGAUGCUGGCAUGCACGCACGUGAAUGGAUCAGCUCCGCUGUGGCGACCUACAUCAUGAGCCAGUUAGUCGAGAAGAAUACCAGCUACUCAAAACUGCUGGACAAUGCUGACUGGAUGAUUUUACCUGUCGCGAAUCCUGAUGGCUACGAGUUCACUCACAUCGGUGAUAGAUUAUGGAGGAAGACUCGUAGCAACCAUGGAGACGAUCAAGACGACAGUCGACAGUCCCAUUCUAGUCUACUUCAACUCGUGAGCCAUUAUACAAGGUGGUUCUGGGGCAAAUGCGAAGGUGUCGAUCCGAACCGCAACUUUGGAUACCAUUGGGGCGAAGUGGAGGAGGGUGGAGCGAGUUUAGACCCCUGUCACGAAACUUACGCUGGUCCGCAUGCUUUUUCUGAACCGGAAACCAAGGCGAUGGCCGAAUACAUUCUGACGAAUAAACAGAGUAUUAGGAUGUAUUUAACGUUGCACUCUUAUUCGCAAAUGUGGCUAGUACCAUGGGGAUACACGCAUUCGAAACCGUCCGAUUAUUCGGAACUAAUGGGAGCAGCUAGAAAAGCUGUCGGUGCAAUUUCGAAGGUACACGGCACCAAUUAUCAACUUGGUCCGUCAGCUGAUUUAUUGUAUCCGACAUCAGGUGCCUCGGAUGAUUGGGCGAAAGGUGUAGCUGGAAUAAAAUACGCGUACACAGUGGAGCUUCGAGAUCGUGGAACUUACGGAUUUCUUCUACCAGCGAACCAAAUUGUGCCCACAGCCCGCGAAAUUUGGGCCGGGAUCAGAAUGAUGGCUCGUCUAGUCACUUGUAACACGUGAGAUUCGUGUUGGUCUGCAUGGACGAUCCGUCCGUAUCGCCAUCAAAUCAAAACAGAUCACGAUAUUGGACCGAUAAUCGGAAUGUUCAUCACCCACGUACAUGAACCACUUGUAAGGAGAUGUAUCUGCAAUAAAA